ACCUAUCUGUAUUGGCCAAUCAAAGGCCAGUAUUUGGUGACUCGUCCAGGCGGUAAGUUUAGAAGUGUCCCGACCUGAAUGUCCUUGUUUUGCUUUGCUGACCAGGUCAGACUCAGUCAGAGCGCGGUGGGGACGGUUUUCCGGGAUUCUGUGACUUGAUCAGUAAGACUAAGAGUGAAGGUGGCAGUAAGGAUGGCACAGUUCUGUACACCCGUCAACCUGAACAAGCCCAAAUACGUCAUGACUCCGCUGGGCUCCCCAACUGUGGAGCUGGACUGGAAGGAUGGGACCUAUGAUGAUGUACAGGAGCUGCCGGAGCAUUACUACUACCUGGAUGUGCUGGAAGUACGAGAGUCCAGGAACGUAGAGUUCAAGAAAGCUGGCGGGCGCUACAUUUACGAUAUUCUACCACAACAUAUCGACAAAUAUGGCAGUGCCUUUCUGAAUGGGGAGGGAGGAACCCUUUAUUUGGGCGUUCUGGACAAUGGCACAGUCAACGGUAUCAGGCUGAACUACAGGGAAGAGGACCAUGUGGUGAGAACAGUCUACAACGCGUUUGGGAACUUCCUGCCAGAAGUCUCUCCCAGUAUGAUCAAUGUCCGGUUUGUUCCAGUCCAUGAGCCCAGAGGUCGACCUAUGCCCAAACUCAAGGUUGUGGAGAUCUCAGUCAAGGGAGGGCCGAUCCAGGAGCUAUAUGAAACUGGGAGUCAUAAGGUAUACAUCAAGAGAGAUGGGAGUGUGGAGGAACAGAACCCACUACAGAUCAGGGACCUGGUCAUCUCCAGGUACAAGAUGAGUCUGCAGAAGAGACAGCAGGAGUCCCAGAAGUAGACCAACUCAACAGUCAACUGUCACCACAAAUGUUCCAGUACCUCUUUUAAUUACAGUAAUAAAGUACAAUUGACAUACUUUUGUGUAUGGUCAUGUUGAUUUAAUUACAUGGAUGUUAUCCUCUAGGAGCUUUACAACUAACUCAUGCAAGUUUUAUUGUAAAAUCUAAAGUAAUCAGAAAAGGUUUAACAAAAGACUUAACACACAGCAAUAGAUUCCUUAUGUUUUAUCCUUCACUUCUUCUUUGACUUUGGAAUCGACUAUCUGUUUAGUAACUGUUUUCCAAUAUUUUUUGUGAAAUUUACGACACAUGCAUGUGUACGUUCUCAUUUUGUAGCUGAUUUGUACAAUUUACAGUAUGGUCAAAAACUUUUUUUUAGGUAGACAAAGAUUGAUGUCAUCCAUGUAAUCAAAUCAACAUGGCCAAACAGUUAGUACUAACUAUGUUGUAACACUUUACAUGUUCUCCGUAUAUCUAAGGUUGCAUUUUUCGUAAUUCCUCAUGCUGCAAAGUCAUGGUCAAGUCCACAGACGUCUGCUCUGUCUUCACAUGUUACUUCAGUCUAUUUGAGCUGUGAAUGUAAGGAUACCAUGAACCUUUGAAUAACACUUUGAAUAAGCCAUAAAAUACAAGUGCCACAAACUUGAAGAUAUUUACACUACUACAAUGUAGUAUAUAAUGAGGAACUAUGCUUGUGACUGCUGUAUCUACUUUGACAUAUUGCAUACGUUACUAAAAUUGAAAAUUUCCUGAUUAUAUUCAACCAUAAUUAUAGCAUAACAGUUGUGAUGUCAUAGUAACUACAGCUGCUGAUUUGGAAUCUGGUAAUAAAAAAAAAAAAAAAUAAUACUAGGUUUGAGUUCCAUAACAUGAGAAGGAUGGAUAUUGUUCACAAGUUUGUGCAUUAAAUAAUGGUUAUGUUCAACAGACUUGUCUAACACUAGCGCUAAGAUCUGUAAUUGUUUUGAAGUUUGAUCGAUAACGAUCUCUACUGUUCUUUCCCACAAAGGAAUACAUAUAUAUGUUGCAAUACUUGCAAGUGUAAAUAAAACAGGCUACAAAA